GUUCAAACGUAACGCGACCCUCGAGGGAAGCACUUCGCGGAAAGUUAUUAACGGCGCAAAGAAUCUGUUUUGUGUUUUAUUUUUUUGGUUGACUUGGCCGAAAUAAGUUCUGGAAGCACAAACACUUUUGGUGAUUACGUAAAUUGUUGAAAAGUAAAGACGUAGAAAAAAGCAUUACAGCAUGGGACUACGAUUUCUGCUUUUUUCGAGCUCCAACAACGAUGCGGCAGCGAAAGCCAUCGCCAGGAAGAAAGCAAGUAACAUGGAAGGAUCAGGCGAUGGAUCACCGCAGUCGUCGAUGUGCAUGGUAAAGGCAGCUGAGCUGUUUCCGAAGCCAGUGCUCGAGAAGGAGGAGGAGAAGUUGUCGGUGCGAUUCUCCGAAUUGGCCGGUGAGUCCGUCAAAUAUCUGGGCCAAACGGACGAUGGAGUCCUGGCGCUGUCAAACUACCGAUUGUUCCUGCAGAAAAACGCAACCGGCGCGGAAACGUCAGUCCCGCUGGGGCUGAUUGAGUCCACACAGGUCCGCGACCUGUUUCACCUGAUCGUCAAUUGCAAGGACGCUAGCACCGUAAAGUGCUCAUUUUCCACAUCGGAGCAGUGCGCCGAAUGGCAGCGAAGGAUAACUUUGUCGAUUGGCAUCCCGGAGACGCUGGAGGCCCUGUUUGCCUUUCCGUUUCACGCGUGGGCUUCGGAGUCACCGACACUGAACCAGGACAACGAAUGGUACGGUCGGUUACAGCGGGUAGGCAACUACGACGAUGAUUUCCGCAAGGAGGUCGAGCGGUUGCAGUUUGAUCUGCAAGGUGCCUGGCGCAUCAGUCAUGCCAAUGCCGAGUUCAAGCUAUGUCCGUCGUAUCCUCGGUUGCUGCUGGUUCCGGCAUGUAUACCGGACGACACACUGCAAAAUGUCGCUAGUUUUCGAAGUUCUCGGCGAAUACCUGCGGUGGUUUGGAGACACGAGCGGACCGGAGCGGUGAUAGCUCGCUGCAGUCAGCCGGAGGUCGGAUGGCUUGGCUGGAGAAACUCAAAGGACGAACAACUGUUGAAGGCGUUCUCGGACGCGUGCGCGUUCGAUCGUGGAACACAGGAGAGCAGGACACGGCUCAACUCCACGGCGUCCAGCGAAAGUAGUCCUCCCAGUCCGGAGGGCAGCCACGAGGAGGUGGAAAUGGACGAACCCAAGAAGAUCCUUAUUGUCGACGCACGGUCGUACACUUCGGCCGUGACCAAUCGGGCUCGCGGUGGAGGCUGCGAAUGUCCCGAGUAUUAUCCGAGCGCGGAGAUUCAGUUUAUGAGUCUGGGGAACAUCCACGUGAUCCGGAAGAGUUUCCACGCGCUGCGACAGCUCUGCUCGUCGCAGCCCGACAUCCCAAACUGGUUGAGCCUACUGGAACGAACCAUGUGGCUGCAGCACAUGUCAGGCCUGUUGGCCGCCUCGAUGGUCGUAUGCCACGCCAUCGAGCGUAACGGGCGACCCGUGCUGGUGCACUGCUCCGACGGCUGGGACCGCACGCCGCAGAUCGUGGCCACGGCGCAGCUCUGUCUCGAUCCGUACUACCGAACCAUCGAGGGCUUCCGGGUACUCGUGGAGCGGGAGUGGCUCAGCUUUGGGCACAAAUUCUCCGACCGCUGCGGGCACGGGCCGGGCUCCGACGAAACCAACGAACGAUGUCCGGUAUUUCUGCAGUGGUUGGACUGCGUACACCAAAUUCAUCGGCAGUUUCCCUGCAGCUUUGAGUUUGACAUGGGUUACCUGAUCAAGCUGGCACAACAUUCACACUCGUGUCUGUUCGGCACGUUCCUGUGCAACACGGUGAAGGAGCGGCUCGAGAACAGCGUACCUGACCGGACGUUCUCCGUGUGGCCCUUCCUGUCCGGGCCAAUGUACAAGAAUCACCUGUACGUACCGAACCGCGAGCGCGUUCUGUGGCCUGCGCAUAGCGUUAGAGAUUUGAGACUGUGGACCGAGGUCUACCUCGGCAGCUGGGGUGGAAACCAAAGCGCGGCCGACUAUCCGGCCAACGGCGACGGAGUGUCCGGGCAGGAACUGGGCGGCUCAAUGACUAAAACCCGCUCCUACGGCGAUCUUAUGACCGGGGUGAACGCGGGGGGUUUGACGCGGAGGUCGAGCGAUCCGAACAUGACGGUUGAUUCUAGCAUCCUAGCCGGAACGCUAAAUCUCUCGCAGGAAAACUCGAUCGACUCGAACAUGUCCUCGGACCGCGAGGUAUCGCCCGACCUGGUCGACCACCACACCAGCUCGCUCGCGAUGAUCCAGCACACCACCCAAAAGCUGCAAAGCCUCACCCACGAGCUCAACCAGUCCGACGAGGAGCUGGAGAACAAUAUCAAAAACACGAAACGGAUCGCCGCUGCAGCGGCAGCCGCCACAACCCCCGAUAGCGUUUCGUCUAGUCUUUUUAUUAACGGAAAUAGUAAUAGUUACAACUUUCAACCAAUUGUUCCUGAGCAGCCGACGGCUGCGGCGGCCGUUCCGCCCGCUGCCCCGCCCUCGCCAUCGCCGACGCCUCCCCCGAGGCACCACCACCAGCUGGUGAACGAAAUCGACGAAAACACUUCACGAAUUGUCAAAAUCGAGAGCUACCUGGAGGACGUGGUGGACGGGCGCAUCGGUGCCACGGCGGGGCCGCCGCGUAUCGCCAAGCCGAUCCCGGUCGCGGACACGGGCUUCGGCUCGGCCGACCUUAUGAUGGAGAGUGUAGACUUGAGUGGAAAAUCCCCUUCGCCCCCUUCGCACACCGCGAGCGGGAACCUGUGGCACGGAUCGGUCGAAACCAGCACCGACACGCUGGUCCCGCUGGACCAGUACGCGUCGCCGUCGCACCAUCGCAUCAUCCAGCUCAGCGAGAGCAGCGGCGACGACGACGGAAGCGGUCCGCUGCACACGCCCAGCUCGGUGGCCGUGGCCACCAUGCCCAACAGCGCGGCGAGCCCGGAUGGGGAGCUGGAGCAGGACGAGGGUCCGGAGGAUAGUAUUAGUUUAGAUCUAGCUAGCAACGGAAGACAUGACCCGAAAGACUUGACCGUACGUAGAGAUGAGGCUGAGAGCAGCGUGUUUGCGACGACUGCUCGGACUAGUGAUAGCAACGGAUGUGAUCUAUUUAGUGAUAGUAAGGAUUAUGAUAGGAACAAUUACAAUCAAGGUAUAACCGGAAACGAAACUAAUCAAAAUGCUACACCAAAAGAGCAAGUCGACAGUCGAAGAUCGAACUCCACUGCAGUCGUUGAAAACGUGGCAGUUGCGAAAAACUCGAACCCGAUGGAGGAAAGCAUCGUCAUUCAGCCGCAGUUUCAACAGUUGGAAAUAAAUGGGAAAUCGUCGGCGGUAGAACCCGCGUCCCUGGCGAAUCUUGCGCAGUACUCGCAGCAGUCGCAGCCACAGCAGUUUUUACAUCACCAUCAUCACAACCAGCAGCCGCAGCAGCAGCAACAGCCGACAGUAUCAACUCACUAUCAACCGCAGAACCAACGGCGGAGACGCAACUCAUCCAACUCGAAAAACGAUAUGAGCCCCAACAAGCCUACCAACGGAAGUAUAUCCCCAAGUGCCACCAACUCCCGCUUCUCGACACCGGGCGCCCGUUCACUGCCACUGACCCCGCCGAGCGUGCCCUUCACGUCGGAACGGCCCCCGGUGGCCGCACUGUCCUGCCCGGACGGGCUGGCCCACGCCCUGUCGGAGCAGAACCUGCGGCUGCAGCAGAUCGUCUACGAGCACCGGCUCCGCGAGGAAGCUCUCCAGCGUGAACUGUACGCGACCAGGCUAGCGCUACUGAAGAAGACCUGUCACAACUGCAACCACAACCAGCAGUUCGGUAACGAUGACCCGGUGUGCGUUACUACUCAAGGUUGUGACGGUGAAGAUCAUGUUGUUGCGACUACCCCUACUACCGCUAUUGUUUCCCCCGACAAUAACUCGUUGUUUGACGCGGAAGAAGACGGUGGCGACGAAGAUGACGAUGUCGAACAGGACAGACGGUUCCGCGGCCGGUUGGUCCGUACCAACCGCAUCUGUGCCACCAUCCGUAAGCUACUUGAGAAAGCCCGGGCAAAGCGAGGCUUGCGCCACAACUUGGGAUGUGACGAUUCCGAGGCGUCAUUGACCUCCAUGGUCGAUUCGAUUAUCGAGAACGCAUCGAACUGCAGCUGGGAAGCCGUUGACGAUCGCAGCGGCCCAUCCUCGGGGGCGAACUCUUCGCAGCAAAUCACGAGCAGCGUGCUGUGGGUACCGGACCACGCGGUAUCACGGUGCACGACCUGCCAGAUUGAGUUUUGGCUGGGCCGCCGGAAGCACCACUGUCGCUCGUGCGGCCAAAUUUUCUGCGCUGACUGUUCCGAGUACUGGGCCCCGCUGCCCGACGAAAAGUUGUUCCAGCCGGUGCGGCUAUGCAGUCCCUGUUACCAGGGCGUCAGCGGCAGAAUGGCUAAUAGCCACCAGCAACCGACACUGAUGAACGGUAGCGUAAGUGUAAAUAAUAGCAUUCACAACCACCACACAACCAAUAGCAAUAGCAUGAACGGAAGUGUCCUAGGAGCUACAAAGCAGCAGCAGCCGCAACAACCGCAGCAUCAGCAAACCCUUACCACGUCCUGCAGCGUUAGUGUCAACAAUAGUACUGAGCGGGGAGCUUGCAAAACCACUACCGCUACCAACUAAACGUCGAAACGUCCACCACUAACCCCAAGUGGUGUACAAAUCCUACUAUUGUUUUACUCCUUCUAUUUUAUUAUUUAUAUUCUUUGCAUAAUGGCUCAUUUUAAUUGUUAUUUUAACAGUCAGACUUUUUCAUUUGUAUUUAAACCAUUACUUCACACUUCAAUUUUAAUUUUUGUUAUGUUUUAGUGGUUCAUUUAUGAGCAUUAACGCUUCACGUCAGAACAUAUUACGUUACAACAGAUGCAAUGUACCAUUCACAAUACUUAUAUAAACAUGAGCAAAGCAUAUGAGAGUUAAUUGUACUAGCUUUUUGGAGAAAAAAGAAUAAAAAGAGAUAUUAUAAAUAAUGUUGCAAGUGGUAAAACUAUUGAUAUAACAAAACAGCAAAGCUAAAAAAUAACAGGCAAAUAAAAGUGUCACAUUAAAGCAUACACAAUAGAUCAAAACAUAUUAGAGAGUUAUAAAACAAUUGUAUACAUAAAAUUAGUAAUAUAUAAAUCGAUUGAGUGAAUGCUAAACUCUAAGUGGGA